AGCAAGAAAUAAACAAAGAGUGAAGACCGAGCCUUGGAACACAACAGGACAGCAUUAACAAGACUUUCAUGAGCCGUCUCCUUUACUUUUUCUGCGAACAGUGGACACAGCAAAUUACUUAUAAUAUAAUUUGGGAAAGAUAAUAAAAAGAGAAACGAGCUAAGAGAAGAAGUUCUUCUUUUCUUGAUUUUUAAAUGUAUUUUUAAGUGGGGAGCUCUCUUGUCCGGCGGCUGGAGUCUCCUCCCAGAGUCCCAGCGACCCGAUCGCCAUAUUUCCGGGAAAUUUUCCUUCAAAAAAAGUCCUCUUUUGAAGUAAUCUGUAGCUGUGGGCUGGUGGAUUCUUUCUUCAACAUUAAUUUAUUUUUCAGGUGUUUUGUUUAAUAAAAAUGGAAGCAUUAUUUUUGGAUGGAAAUGCUUCUACCACAAUCUUGCAGCUAGGCUUUUGCCAUUUUUGGUUGGCUCAUUGAUCAUAUUGAAAAAAGGGUUAUGCUUCUUAGAUUGCAUUGGGUUGUGAUGUGAUGGCAAUAGACAUAGUCACUAGUGCCUCAUUUGUUCCGGCUUCAGAGAUCCUUUCUCAGACUGUAGAGGCCAUUCUUGAGACUGUGGUUGCUGCAAAUGAUGUCCUUUUUAAGAAGGAUAGUUUCAAGGAACUUGCAACUUACUUAGAGAGAAUUGUCCCAGUUCUAAAAGAGUUAAAUAGAAAAUAUAUUUCUAAUUCUGAGAGCUUGAACAGUGCUAUUCAGAUUCUCAAUCGAGAAAUCAAAGCUGCAAAGCAACUGACUCUAGAAUGCAGCACCAAAAGCAAAGUAUAUCUCCUUAUGAAUAGCCGUGGAAUAGUCAAGCGCCUAGAGGAUACUGCAAGAGAGAUAAGCAGGGCACUAAGUCUCCUUCCAUUGACAUCUUUAGAACUUUCUUCAGGUAUAGUUGUAGAAAUUGGAAAUCUCUGUGACAGUAUGCAGCAGGCUGAGUUCAAGGCUGCUAUAGGAGAAGAAGAGAUCUUAGAGAAAAUUGAGACAGGCAUACAGGAGAGGAAUGCUGAUCGUUCUUAUGCGAACAAUUUGCUGGUUCUCAUUGCAGAAGCUGUUGGGAUACCUACUGAGAGGUCUGCUUUAAAAAAGGAAUUUGAAGAUUUCAAAAGUGAGAUUGAAAAUGUCAGGCUUAGGAAGGACAAGGCUGAAGCUAUACAAAUGGAUCAGAUAAUUGCUUUGUUGGGAAGGGCAGAUGCUGCUUCUUCUCCUAAAGAGAAAGAGAUGAAGUAUUUCACUAAGCGGAAAUCUCUGGGUAGUCAACCACUGGAGCCUCUCCAAUCAUUUUAUUGUCCAAUCACUCGGGAUGUAAUGGUAGAUCCAGUGGAGACUUCUUCAGGACAGACAUUUGAGAGAAGUGCCAUAGAAAAGUGGUUUACAGAGGGGAACAACUUAUGCCCUCUGACGAUGACCCCACUAGACACAUCAAUUCUACGCCCUAACAAAACUCUGAGGCAGUCAAUAGAAGAGUGGAAGGACAGAAACACUAUGAUAACAAUUGCUUCCAUGAAACCCAAUCUCACAUCUGGAAAUGAGGAAGAAGUGCUUCAUUGUCUAGGACAGCUAAAGGAUCUUUGUGAAAGAGACCUGCACCGAGAGUGGGUAAUAUUGGAGAACUAUAUACCAGAUCUUAUUCAACUUCUUGGUGGAAAAAAUCGUGACAUAAGGAAUCGUGUGCUUGUCAUGCUUCACAUUUUGACGAAGGAUAAUGAUGAUGCAAAGGAUAGAGUGGCAAAAGUUGAUAAUGCGAUUGAAUCUGUAGUUCGAUCCCUGGGGCGUCGUAUUGAUGAAAGGAGGUUAGCAGUGGCAUUACUUUUAGAGCUAUCAAAAUAUAAUUUGUUACGAGACAGCAUUGGGAAGGUUCAGGGUUGCAUUCUCCUGUUGGUGACAAUGGCAAAUGGUGAUGACAUUCAAGCUGCCAGAGAUGCAGAGGAAAUAUUGGAGAAUCUUUCAUUUUCUGAUCAGAACAUCAUACAGAUGGCAAGGGCAAACUAUUUUAAACAUUUGCUUCAGCGUCUGUCUACAGGACCAGAAGAUGUAAAACUGGUCAUGGCAACAACUUUGGCUGAAAUGGAGUUGACUGACCAUAAUAAAGUUGUAUUGCUCGAAGGAGGUGCACUGGAUCCACUUCUUGACUGGAUCUCUCAAGGUGAUAUUCAGAUGAAAAGUGUAGCUGUUAAAGCUCUUCGAAACCUCUCAAGUGUACCAAAAAAUGGCUUGCAGAUGAUCAAAGGAGGUGCAGCACGUGCUUUAGUUGACCUCCUUCGCAUCAGUACACCUUCCCCAUCCUUACGAGAACAGGUUGCUGCAACAAUAAAGCACCUUGCAGUAUCCACUAUGUCACAAGAAUCCAAAGAGACGCCGGUUUCAUUAUUGGAAUCAGAUGAGGAUAUUUUCAUGCUAUUCUCUUUGAUUAACCUGACGGGGCCAGAAGUCCAACAAAACAUCCUUCAGAUCUUCCAAGCAUUGUGCCAAUCCCCCUUUGCAGCAAAUAUCAAGACCAAGCUGACACAGUGCUCAGCCAUCCAAGUACUAGUCCAGUUAUGUGAGCGUGAUAUUGAAAAUGUACGGCCAAAUGCUGUGAAGCUUUUCUGUUGCUUGGUAAAUGAUGGUGAUGAAGCCACUAUCCUGGAGCAUGUGCAUCAGAGAUGCCUUGAGACUCUACUUAGGAUCAUCCAGUCUUCUAAUGAUGAGGAAGAAGUUGCUUCUGCUGUGGGCAUUAUUUCUAACCUCCCAGAAAAUGCCCAGAUCACUCAAUGGCUUGUGGAUGCUGGUGCAAUUCCAAUAAUUUUUCAGCUUCUUUGCAAUGGCAGGCAGAAUGAUUCCCAUAGAAGUCAGUUAGUGGAAAAUGCUGUUGGAGCCAUCUGCCGUUUUACUGCUCCAACAAAUCUGGAAUGGCAAAAGAGAGCAGCUGAAGCUGGCGUUAUCCCCAUUUUAGUUCACUUGUUGUAUUUGGGGACCACCAUGACCAAAAACCAUGCAGCCACUUCUCUGUCUCGUUUUUCCCUGAGUUCGCGUGAGCUGAGCCGGCCAAUACCAAAGCACAAGGGAUUCUGGUGCUUUUCAGCUCCACCAGAGACCAGUUGCCAGGUUCAUGGAGGAAUUUGUUCUGUUGAAUCAUCAUUUUGUCUUGUCGAAGCUGAAGCAGUGAGACCCCUUGUAAUGGUUCUUGAAGAAUCAGAUCCUGGAGUGUGUGAAGCUUCUUUAGAUGCACUGUUGACUUUAAUUGAAGGUGAAAGACUGCAAAGUGGUAUUAAGGUGCUAGCAGAAGCAAAUGCAAUAACACCAAUGAUAAAAUUUCUUAGUUCACCUUCCCUCAGACUGCAGGAAAAAGCUCUACAUGCUUUGGAAAGGAUUUUCCGGCUGCCUGAGUUCAAACAGAAGUAUGGUCCCUCCGCUCAGAUGCCUCUAGUGGAUUUAACACAGCGAGGCAAUAGUAGCAUGAAGUCUCUUUCAGCCAGAAUACUUGCUCACUUGAAUGUGCUUCAUGACCAGUCUUCUUAUUUCUAGAGAAUUCAAUGGCUUUGACUUUCUUGAAUCAUAUCUGAGGAGAUAAUGACCCACACAGAACUCACCUCAAUGCUUUUAUUUUGCAAGGACGGUAAAACUGGUGCACAUCCUCAGGCUUAAAACUCUAUAUUUCUAAGCAGAAUAGAACAUGCCUUUCUUCUCAAUAAUAAAGGCCUGCUGACUAAUUCACCUCGCAACCUAAGCAAGAACCAUCAACCACCUAUGUUGUUGUGGGCGGGGGUGUAUCUGUUUAUGCUGUUGCUUGACACUGCUUGAGUAGCGGCACCUUGAAUCCAAGAUGAUAGAAAUCAAAUUAGUGAUUUGCUGUAAAGAGAACCAUUGCAGGGAAGAGAUUUACAAGUGGCUCAUAUUAGAUGCCAUGGGAUUUGUUCGGUCUGUACAGUUGAAGUCCAUUUGACAAUUGGUUUGUUCGGUCUGUAAAGGAAAUCUUGUAAGCAUACCACUUGCGAGAUAGCUAGGCAUAUUGAUAUUUUCUUGGAAAUUGAAUUCUUUUUCUUGCA